AUCAAAAUUCAGCGUAAGCAACUGCGCCGGAAUGCACUCCGAAAUCUUUCACAGUCACUUGCAAACGUCUCCAGUCCUGGGGAUUUGUCGCCCGUUUGGUCAUGGAUGUUGGUGUUCGGUAAUGGAGCUGAUUGUGAAUAGACUGCCAUGUGGAUAUUACAGACAUAUCAGCGACUAUUUAUGCAUUAAUGUGAUCGAUCACUUGAGGUUCAAUAGUGAAGAAGAAGUGGAGAGGGGAUGAUUCCAUGUAUGGUACUGUUUUGCUAGGAUGUAAUAAUCGAGGGCUCUCGGGGACGAAGUCUGCAUGAGUUCCUCAUGUGGAGCUCUCGUGCUAAUAUAUGCCUUGUAGCUGCUGGUCUUUUGGUCCCGUUUGCUUUAUUGCUCUGACUUCCUAUACUUCUAUGAGAUAUUGAGUUGUUUGAUCAUUUUUGUCUGAUGCGGGAAUGUAAAUCCACAUUCUUCCCGGAAACCCAAAUCAAGAUUUAGAGCCCACUGAUUACCAUGCCGAAGACAUUACAGGAUUCACAGGAUGGAAUAUCAUCAUCUGCCAUGAGCGAGGAAGAAUCUUCCCCACAGACUACAGUCCGAGACCCAACCCAAGACGCUAUCAAUCGCACAACAUCACACAUAUCUGGCCACGAUGCGUUCGAACCGGCUGCCAUCAUCACUGCGUCAGAUGGCGAUGUGCCUUACCGCGAGGCAGGUGAUGAGAUCUUUGACAAAGUUUCCUCAAGACGCAAAGUUGCUAUCGUGACCGUCCUGUCGUUUGGGGCGUUUCUAUCGCCAAUAUCGAGCACUUCAGUGUUAGCGGCGACACCAGAGGUCGCGAGGACUUUCAACAGCACGGGAAGCAUUAUAAAUCUUAGUAAUGCAGCGUAUAUGAUUGUAAUGGCGUUAUCACCUUUAUUCUGGGGGCCCAUGAGCCAGGUUUAUGGAAGGCGGAGUGCAGCCCUGUCCUCUUCGACUAUUUUCUUCUUACUCAGUCUGGCCACUGCAUUGGCUCCUGACCUCACCUCGUUUAUCGUCUUUCGGGCGGCCUCGGCGUUUGGGGGCACAGCUUUCAUUCUCAUCGGCCCAGCAUGCAUUGGUGACAUCUACCGUCCAAUAGAGCGCGGUGCAGCAAUGGGAUGGUUUCUGACCGGCACACUUGUUGGUCCUGCAUUUGGACCAUUUUUGGGCGGUAUCAUCGUAACAUGUUCGUCCUGGAGGACUAUCUUUUGGCUUCAGACAGGACUGGCUGCUGCCGGAGUACUCGGCGUGUACUUUGUUGUAUGCGAAACAGCUCAUCACCUCAAGAUCAACGAUCUGAGAAGCCUCUCGGGCAAGAAAAGGACACUGAAGGUUCUCGGCAUGAUCAGCCCGAUGCGAGUCUUGCGACUAUUCCAAUUCUUCAAUAUUGUACUGGUGGCUUUUGGCAGUGCAUCCUUAACCUGGAACAUGUACAGCCUCCUAACACCGGUCCGUUAUGUUUUGAAUCCCCGCUUCGAGCUCGACUCGCCGUUGCUGUCGGGUCUGUUUUACCUGGCACCCGGCUUCGGUUACCUGGUAGGGACUUUCGGAGGUGGGCACUGGGCGGACAUGAUGGCCAAGCGAUGGAUCGAGAAACGUGGAGGCGUCCGUAUACCAGAAGAUCGACUUCGAUCCACCCUGCCUUUCAUGGGCGCAAUCAUGCCGGGAAGCAUGCUGGUAUAUGGCUGGAGUGUCGAUAGGGAGGUUGGAGGUAUUCCAGUGCCUGUUAUCGCCAUGUUCGUACAGGGCGUGGCGCAAUUGUUUUGCUUUCCCUCGUACAACACUUACUGUCUCGAUGUCAUGCCUGGCCAUGGGGCAGAGGUGGCUGCAACCAACUUUUUCGCGAGAUACUUGGUUGGCUGCAUCGCUUCAGCUGUAGUUCUACCGGCAGUCGAAGCAGUCGGCAUUGGAUGGUUUUCGACCAUCUCAGUAGCGUAUUUGAUAGGCUCAGCUCUGGCGACCAUGGCUGCAAUUCGAUGGGGGAAAGGCUGGCGAGAGAGAACUCAAGCAAGGCUAGAAGGUCCCAAGGAAGAUGAGAACGAGGUCAAAGCCGAUCAUAAUAUGGAUACAGAUCGAUCCAAAAGUGCUCAAAUAUUGGGGCCAAGCUUUGCGUUUGACAGGAGUGAUCCAGAACAGCAGAGCCGAAACAUAGGCCGUGAGACCUGAUUCUUGCAAAGGAAUAGGACUAGAAAGGGACAUCUUGCGGAGACAUCAUUGGUCAGAUGUAGGCGCAAGCUGUAAUACCGAGGAUAGCGAGACUGAAUGGCCAGCAUUUGGAGUAGAACUGAGAAUCUAGUAAGGGCAAAGAAGUGAAGCGGAGAAGUUGUUUGGCAUUUCCGUGAGCUUUUACUUUCCUAUAAAUAGGGCUGUCACUUCAGGUGAAAUAAGGUAGUAGAAAAUAAGAGACGAUAAAUGUGUUGCACCUAUC